AAGUUUCCGGAUUUUUUUUUUGUGAUCGGUUUAUCUAUUAGACAAACAAAAUUACGUCAUUUCCAUAUUUAUAAUGGCGACCUCCAGCUCUUGUGAAAGUAACUUAGCACCAACAGAAUUUGACUUGGCGAGCUCAGUAGAGAGUUCCUCUGGUCUGACGGUUGCAGUGGAACGGUGCCCUUUAUGUGAUGGAAGUAGGAGAUCGUUUUAUUGCAGAGAUUGUGUGAAUGGCGGACUGUUUGUUCACUCCAUUGGAAGCCACCCUGAAAGAUACAGGGAAAAAAGUCACAAGCUAGAAUUAUUACAGAAGGAAAGAAGGGGAAGAUUAGAAAGGGUUCAAGAUGCACUCAGACUUCACUUAAAAAGAGACCAAAAAAAAAGUGAAAUUGAACAAUGCAAAGAAAGGAUCAAGCUUUUAAAAAAGGCCCUUGCUGCAGCAAAAGAAACAAGAUUAAAGGGCAAAGAGCUUUGUGAUAAACACAAGAGAGAAAACUACCAGCGAGUCGUAAGAGGUCGCAGACAUGAAGAAAAGAAAAGGCGCAUCUGUUCCUACAUAGACGCUGUAAGGGCAGCUAAUGAGGAGAAACUACAGCUCUGUAGGGAGAAGAAGAGAGAGCUAGCAGCCGAGAGAAAGGUCCAGGUGGAUAGAUUGGAGAAGUUUAUUUUCCAGGUGGAGGAGGUGGCCCUGGUCAGUGAAACAGACUCAAUGGUUGUGAGCACAGUGAGUGCACUCCGAGAUGCCAGUCGUACAGCGUAUGUUAGAGGACAGUGGGUAUACACAGACGGUAGUGGGGAGGCCCAACACAGAAUUGUGGAACCCACAUUACCUUGUAGUGGAGAUUACUCAGCAUAUAACUUGUGGGUGGCUGCAAACCAGGAAAAUGGUGGUCAUCCUGACAACAGUUUGAGAAAUCCCGGUCACAGAAUCAGUGCUGGCUUGUGUUACGCCAGUCAGAUGACUGCUGUACUUAGUCAUAUACUGGAUAUCCGUCUUCCUAGAAAACAGCCCUACAGUGACUUUUGUACCAAUGAAAUAAUAGAGAGACAGUUUAAACACAGUGUGGCCUGCUUGAACCAGAAUAUCUUGUAUUUGUGCUUUGCCCAGAAUGUUCCUAAUCCAGAGCAUAUAGAUCCUAGGAACACACUUCAGAAUAUUGUGGUGCUUCUGUCCUGUCCAUCACUGGGAAAGAAUUCCAAUUUUGAAAUCGAUAAAGAUCUAAUGGCUUCCAUCGAGGACUCGAUUAUCCUCCAAGAGGAGGAUUCAGAUACCGGUGGGGGAGAGGACGAAUUGAUCAGUGACUGGGAGCAGGUCACAGAGGAUGUGUCGGAUAUGUCGGAUGUUCCAACUCGAGCCGGAUACAACAGCACAAUAUCCAACAUCCAGACCAUGUCUUAUCCAGGUCAACCUCCAGAGCAACUGACAGCCAGUGGAUUCGUCACCACGGCUGCCACUUCUUUCAUGUCGUUAUUCAGGGGAGGUGAUCAGAAGAGCUGAAAGAAGAGAAGCUCUUCAAUUUGCAUUUUAAGUUGAAAAAAAAAGUCAUCAAGAUUUGAAUUCACACAGUUUUGCCUUCUUACAUUUUUUUUUUGGUACUAAAGUACAGAUGGAUUGCAUGUUUAUGAGAAACACCAUAUUUAUAAAAAUCAUGCUGAUCAUAUUCUUGCCAAUAUAUAUAUUUAAGGUAUACCUUAUGAAAUUGUGUUUAUUCUAGGCACAUUUUAAAUGUCUUUUGGUCAAAGACCACAGCUUACUAUAAGCAAUGAUCAGUGGUGUUUUGUUCUUUUAUGUGUCUGCAAAUCUUAUUUCAAAAAUGAUACAAGAUUGGCCUGAUUUUAAUAGAACUUAAAACACAAGACUACUCCUAAGAUAAGUAAUAUCAUACAUACAUAGAUUUUGGUUUUAACAAACAGUGUUUCUGAGGUUACUGAAAUUAAAAUUUCUAUGAAGUUCUUUCAAAAAGAUAUAAAAACCAAGGCUUGUAAUUCUAUUUGUCAUUGUGAAAGCUACUCAAAGAAAUAUGUUGAAAUGUUUUAUUACAGUUCUCGGGUUAGCUUGGACUUUCAGUGAGGCGUGGCAUUCUCGGCGCUACGUAAUGGCGAAUACUAGUAGAUUCUCAUCGGUUAAGAAAUUAAUAGCAUCAGGAACUUGAAAUUGUUGACAACUGUGAGACGAAUUACUGUAAACCAAGUAUUAUACGCGUGCGAUAAAUAUCCGCAAGUUCCGCGAUUAACCUCUGCUCGUGGAUAUUUAUCGUCGCGAACCAGUUCAGUUGUUAUUUUCCAAUGUUACAAUUAGAGUUAUUUGCCCUGUUUUGAAUACCGAUCCCGACGGUUCAAUAAGUAAUCACGGGUCGAAGAACUUUUGUGUUCUAAAAGCAGUUGAAAUUUAAUUGCAAACAUUCAGAAAAAAUAUAUAAACGAAUGGCAAAUCUAAAACUAUUUGUCUAAAAAUGAUUAAAAUGUCAAUAAUUAUUUCAGUUUGUGUUAUCAUUGUUCAUUAUUGUCACAGACGAGUUAGAGAUAGCCUGGUUAAUUACGACUAAUUAUAGCCCAGUCCUGCGCCGUCCCAACCAUUUAUAAUAAUUGCCCUAUGACUAUGUAGAUCUUGUAAAGCGUCAAUUAUCCAAUUAGCAUGACGAACUUUUACACUUGAGAGUUUGAAAUCAACUUUAAUCUCCUCGAU